AUGGCACUACAUUCGGUGCUUCUCCGAAGUGAUGGUGUAGCUGUUGCUUGCGGAAGAAAUCAGGAGGGACAAUGCGACCUGCCGUCCCUGGAAGACGGCGUGUCUUACACGCAGGUUUCAGUAGGCUGGAAUCACACGGUUCUUCUCCGAAGUGAUGGCCUUGCUGUGGCCUGUGGUCUAAAUGUUUUUGGACAAUGUGAUAUUCCACCUUUGGCUGAAGGAUUGACAUACAUCCACGUUGCUGCGGGCGGGCAUCACACAGUUCUUGUUCGGAGUGAUGGCCAGGCUGUGGCCUUUGGGAUGAAUGAUCGUAGACAAUGCAACAUUCCUGAGUUGGAUGAAGGACUGUCUUACACCCAGGUUUCAGCAGGCCAAAGUCAGACCGUGCUUCUGCGAAGUGAUGGUUUUGCUGUGGCUUGUCGUGGACAGGACCUUAUUCCAGCUCUGGAAGAAGGAGUUGUAUACACCCAAGUUUCCAUAGGCGGGUCUCAUAUCGUGCUUCUAUGA